AAAAGUAAAAAGACUUCAAUUCUCUUUUGUUUCGUUUAUUCAUUCCAGUUUUCAUCAAACAUAUAACAAUAAACCGCUUUUACUUUCCAAAUUAAAAUCCCAAUUCAAUUGAACUCUCACACUACAUUCAUUCCUCUCUUUAAUUAACCGUUUUUUCCGAUCAAGAUCUGAGUUCGUUAUACUUUCCGUUAUGGAUUCAGCUAAAUCCGAAGCAAACAAUCGUCAAGGAAACGGAACCGAGAAUGACGACGACUGUGGUUCCUGCACCGACGAGACCUCACCGUCGGAUCAAUCAAGAAGCGGCGCUAGGUUAAAGAAAUGGAAGAGGAAUCCUAAGCGAGGUGAUUCCGGUAGCGACGGUGAUGAAUCUGUAGGGAAAAGAAUCAUUGGGAGUUGCAAUUCGGAUUCUAGGGAUUUGAGUGUGCCUGAAUUAGAGAACUGUGGUGAUGAAGAUUUGAAUAGUGACGCACGUGACAUGGAGGUUAGCCACGUGACGGGAGAUGAGGAUGAAGAUGCUGUAGGAGAGGAUCCUUUGACUGAGUAUGUUCAUACUCUUAAGGUUUUGGAGGGAGAGCUUCAACAAGAAAUUAAAAAAUUCAGGGAGAUUGGGAAUGAAUCUUUCUCACCAGAUGACUCAACCAAGUUUAGAAGUGCUGCUGAAGCAAGUGUUGUUGAAACAAGUUCUGUUGAUCUAAGAUUCCAUGACUCAUGCUCGUCAUCUAGCCAAUCUGGUAAACAAAUUUCAUCAAGUUUCAUGGAACUUCAGGUACUGAGCCUCACAGAAAAACUAAACAUUUUGGAAAGCCAGUUAGAAGAAUUGCAGGGUGAGCUUGCCCUUAAGAAUUCCAGGAUUGCUGAACUUGAGUUAGCCCUUACUUGUGACGAGUUUCCUAAGGAUGAAUCUAGUUGCACCAUAUGUUUAUUAGAUGAAAAAUUUAAAGAGCUGGAGUCUGAGUUUGAGAGUCUUUUUCAGGAAAAGAUCGAAGCCGAGGUCAAAUAUGUGACCAUCAAAAACACAAUGCAGAAGUUGAAGGUUGCAUCAGCUUUAGUAGAAAAACAAGAAACAAUGUAUAACAGUAAAGUGCAGAUUCCAAAUAAGCUUGAAGUGGCAGGUAAUGAGGAUCCAAUAAUGACAAACAGAACAGAGGAGACUUUUAUGAUUCAGAGCAGAUUAUGCAAGCUGACAUGUUACUUUUUCUUUCAGCUCAUCAUGUUUUUAAUGUUGGUUCUUUGGCUUGUGUCAAAGUUAGUGCCUAAUUCUGAGGGGGUUGUGCCUACAUGAUAAAUCUGCAAAAUUGUGCUCUCUUUGUACAUUCACAGAAGUUUCUUCACUCAUACAUGAUGUAAAAUUUCAUUUUCAUCCCACAGUGACAUUUCUUUCUAUAGGUUAGGAAAGAGGGCGUCCAUGUACCAUAUUGUUUUCAUACCAUUUUUUGCACUUCUAUAACUCAUUCUUUGUAAUAUUGGCUCAAUAAAAGCAGUUAUAUUAGAAGUUUUAGAAA